CUGAGUUGUCCAAGCAUCUCUUGCGGAAGCUUUCCAUGCAGCUCGGACCUCCACCCUGCUGCCGCACGCCCAAGCUCGUUUGCUAGCCCCGCACGUCAUUGCGGUCCCUCCAUCUUAUCUGAUCCACCGAUAGCUACCACAAGAAAAAGCAUCUAUCAUAACUACUACCCGUUGUGCUAUUACCUUCGUGAAAGACUUAACCAACUUCUUGACAGCCUCGCCAUCAAACACGACUGCAAAAUGAGUGGGUCUAACGAUGUGGACGUUGGCCAGUCCGCAGCUUCUAGCGGAGUCACGCCUGAUGCCAUCAAGGCGAAAUUGGAGGAAAAACUAGGUGCCACUCAUGUACAAAUCGACGAUCUGAGCGGCGGAUGUGGGCAAAUGUACGAGGCCAUCAUUGUAUCACCUCAGUUUGCAAAGAAAACGACCCUUGCGAGGCAUCGACUGGUGAACACCUCCCUCAAGGAUGAAAUCGCGGCGAUACAUGCUUGGACCCCAAAAUGUCACACGCCUGAAGAAUGGGAGAAGAAGAAGCCGCAAUAG